AUGCCAAUAUGCUUGGGGGGCGAUAAUGUCGAAGUCAUGGUCCUCGACAUUGAGGCUGCCCAAAUCUACAUUUCCCAGUACCUACAGAGAUGCAGCGACACUUUCUACAAGUGGCAAGCUGCCAAUCGACCAAGCGAUGACGAGUUCACGGUGCAUGAUGGGCCACCAUACGCGAAUGGAAACUUGCACGUUGGCCAUGCCCUGAACAAGAUCCUCAAGGACAUUAUACUCCGAGUCAAGGUCCAGCAAGGUCGCCGAGUCAAAUAUGUUCCAGGAUGGGAUUGCCACGGUCUCCCCAUCGAGCUCAAGGCUCUCGGCACAUCCGGCGGAAAAGAUAUGACCCCGAUUGAGAUCCGACAGGCCGCCAGGGAUCUCGCAAGCAAGACUGUGCUCGAGCAGAUGAAGGAAUUCCGAUCUUUUGCUGUAAUGGGCGACUGGGAAGGAAGAUGGACGACAAUGGACCGCUCGUACGAGAUCAACCAGCUAAAGUUGUUUCAGAAGAUGGUGCACCAAGGGUUGAUAUACAGGAAAUUUAAGCCAGUGUACUGGUCGCCUUCUUCAGGGACAGCCCUUGCUGAAGCCGAAUUGGAGUACAACGAAGAGCACGUCUCUACUGCGGCGUUCGUCAAGCUUCCUAUCACGGGAGACGCAGGCAAGGAGUUGGUAGGAAGCGAUUUUGAUGGGCAAUUAUAUGCCGUGAUAUGGACCACGACGCCAUGGACCUUGCCGGCAAACAGAGCUAUUGCAAUCCACGACGAGCUCGAUUAUGUUAUAGUCCGCAAUGGGUCUGACGCACUCAUCGUUGCGAAGACUUGUCUUGAAGCAGUCAGCAAGGCUUGUUUUGAAGGCGCCGAGCUGGAGAUCAUGGUGCAGCCUUUCAAGGGCAGCCUGCUUCGCAAUCUCACAUACAAGAACCCUUUGCAAGGCCAAAUUGGGUCCCAUCAACCAAUAAUCCAUGCAGACUUCGUCUCUGCAGACUCCGGCUCCGGUCUCGUUCACUGUGCCCCCGGCCAUGGUUUCGAGGAUUACGAAGUCUGUAUGACUUUAGGCAUCCAGGUCGCAGCUCCUGUGGAUAACGAAGGAAGGUUCACAAAGGAGGCUUACCCUGAUGACCCGGCCCGCCUCGAAGGUGCUUCAGUUCAAGGUGAAGGUAACAAGGCAGUUCUGUCACUGUUAGGACCUCAUCUACUUGGAUCCCACAAGUAUAAGCACAAAUAUCCGUAUGACUGGCGGACAAAGAAGCCAAUCAUCGUACGUGCCACUGCUCAAUGGUUUGCCGAUGUGGCUACAAUCAAGGACGAUGCUAUGAAUGCCCUGAAAGAUGUCAGGUUUAUUCCCGACGCGGGACGGAAUAGAAUCGAGAGCUUCGUGAGAGGUCGUUCGGAAUGGUGUAUUUCGAGACAGCGUGCCUGGGGCGUUCCGAUUCCUGCAUUAUACACCAAGGACGGAAGUGCAAUUCUGACAGAAGAAUCUGUUGAGCAUAUCAUCUCCGUUAUCGAAGAGAGGGGAAUCGAUGCGUGGUGGUCUGAUGAUGCAAAUGAUCAGGCCUGGGUUCCGCCAUCGCUACGAGACCACGGAGAAUACCGCCGUGGCAAAGACACGAUGGAUGUGUGGUUCGAUAGCGGAAGCAGCUGGACCCAGAGUGAUCGCCAGGCAGAUGUCUAUCUCGAAGGUUCAGAUCAACAUCGGGGGAGCCUUGUGGAACAAACAGUGGGACUUUCACCAUUCAAGAAUCUCAUCACUCACGGUUUCACUUUAGACCAGGAUGGGAAGAAGAUGUCCAAAUCCUUGGGAAAUAUUCUUGUGCCGGAACAAGUAAUGGAUGGCACCCUUCUACCUCCUGUUAAGGCGAAAAAGAAGGGCGGCAACGCACCACCGAUCAAAUAUGAUGCUCUCGGCCCGGAUGCUCUGCGUUUGUGGGCGAGCAGCAGUGACUACACUCGAGAUGUCGUCAUUGGAACACCGGUGCUGAAGUCUAUACACACUGCCCUCAUCAAAUAUCGCACCAUCAUGAAAAUGCUCCUAGGAUCGAUGCACGAAUCUGCGCGAUCCGCUCCAUUGACCGCCACGGACCACAUCGCCCUCAUUCAGCUCCAAGACACUAUGGAUGAGGUCGGCAAGGCCUAUGACAACUUUGAGUUUUACAAAGCAUUCAGUCACCUAAACCGCUGGGUAAAUAAUGACCUCUCAGCCUUCUACUUGGAGACUCUCAAGGACCGUCUAUACUGCGAUGAUGGCGGAGGCAUCCUAGAGCCAAUUUUCAUGGGAUUGACGAGGAUGCUUGCUCCCAUCACGCCGAUGCUUGUUGAAGAGGCCUGGGAUCAUUGCCCCGAGUGGCUGAAAGCUGAUUUGCAAGUUUGUUCUUUUUCCUGCAAGGUUUCUAAACUAAUAUAA